AAUCCAAAAUAAAAAAAACUAGAGAGGGGCCAAUCCACAAAAGACACAAGACUAUUGUUGACCAGUUGACCGACCCCCCUUCCUCGGCGACAUCGUCUAUAUUACGAUUUGCCCCCAAAAACCCCCAACUCUCCCGCUUCAUCGUUUCCACCGGAGAAAAACCCUCGAACGCCGCGCCGCCCAUGGCCUCCGCCACCGCCGCCGGCGACGCCUCCGCCGCGGCGUUCUGGACGGCGUGCCCGCACUGCUGCUACGUCCACUCCUACCCGCGCCACUACGCCGGGCGCCGCCUCCGCUGCCCGACCGCCGCCUGCCGCCGCGCCUUCUCCGCCGCCGAGCUCCCCGCCGCGCCGCCCAUCGUCCCGGGCACCGACAUGUACUUCUGCACCUGGGCCUUCUUCCCGCUCGGCCCCCCCGCCGCCGCCGCCGACGGGUGGGCCCCCUUCACCCCCUUCAACUCCGCCCCGACCCCCUCCCCUCCCCCCGCCACCGCCGCCGCCCCCGCCCCCGCCCCCGCUCGCGCCGGUGGCCCCACGUCGAGGAAGAAGAUGUGCGUGUCCCUCAAGGGGAGGGCCCGCGUGGAGGCGGAGCAGGAGGAGGAGGAGGAGGAGGCCGCGGCCGCCGCCACCAUCAUCGAUCUCGAGCCGGAGGUGCAGGAGGGCGGGAUUGGCGAGAAGGGCUUCACCGGCAUCAACCUCAACGAGUCGGUGGAGCUGAGCGAGCUGGGGUUCCGCGACGACGAGAUCGAGCUCUUCACCGCCAUGUCCUGAAUUCGUGAUCGCUGGGGAAGGUGGUGAAAAAG